CAAUAUGACGACUUCCAAGUACGAGGAAUCAAUAAAAGAACUUGGCUCACAAGAUGAUACUAAAAAGCUCAAAGCAUUGAGAUUUAUAAAGAAUUCGGUUAUUGGAAACAAGACGAAAAAAGAAUUAUACAUUAAAUUAGGAGUUGUUCAAAGGCUCGUAGAAUAUCUGUCUUGUCCAGAUAAUGGUUCUUAUCAACUUAAAAUACAGGCUGCUACUAUACUUGGCAGUAUUGCCUAUGGUAAAGAUGAGAAUGUGUCUGCGGUAGUUACUUCCGGUGCUGUCACCCCUUUGUUGAAUACCCUCUCACUACCACGCGACAAGCCUAUCAUGGAGUCUAUACAAGAGCGAAGGAAACUACUAGAGGCAACCACUCGAGCUUUGAAAGCAAUUUUUGCUUCUUCUCGUACUUUGAAAUAUGAUACGUUUAGCAAGAAACAUAUAGAAGAUUUAGUACUUAUACUAGAGGCAACAUCAAACUUUCUUGGACACGAACCGCAAGGAAACGUCUCCAGUGAGGGCCUAUCCUUCGCCAUGAUUGCCGAGUUUACUGCCGCCAUUAUUGCUAAAUGUUGUGAUACACAAAUUCAACAGAGUCAACUGGAGGAAGCUGGUGUUAUUCAACCAUUGAUUAAUUUAUUACAUUCAGGCUGUAUUAAAGCACAAGAAGCUUCUUUGGAUGCCAUCGCUACAUUGUGUCGCGAAAAUAAAGAGCUCGGCGAAACGAUCAUUAAUUCAAAAUCUCUAAAUACAGACCAAAUAACUACAAACACAAUGCUUGAUUUCGUGAAGGACAAAUGUCCCAACAUGAGAUUAAUAGCUGCCACUUGUUUGACAAAUCUAUAUCGUACAGGUGUAUUUUCUGAGCCAUUCAAUGAAAUUAUUUUGAUUGUUCUCCCGGCACUCGUUAAACUGUUGCAGGACCCUACCGAUGAUGUACAAGAAAGAGCGCCACUUGUGUUAGCCGACUUAAUAAAGGAUAGUGAAGAGAUGCAAAAGGCAGCGUUCGACGCUGACGCAAUUUCCCGGUUAGCCGAACUUUUAGCCAGUGUGUCAUCUAAAGAUUCCGAAGAAGAGGCUUAUCCUCAAUUAGGUGUACCCGGUCUUGGCAGCGUUACUAAACGAAAAGAAAAAAUCAAGGAGAAUUCCUUAAUUGCUAUUGCGGCAGCUACUUUAUUGAAAGAAGAAUGUCGCACACAAGCUAUCGAAGCCAGAGUUUUGCCGCAUGUUAUUUCAGGACUCACAAGCAGACAGCCCAAUGUACGUUUAGCAGCCUGUCAAUGUGCUAAAUCAUUAUCUCGAAGUGUUAGUCAUUUGAGGACCAGUUUAGUCGAUGCUGGUAUAGCGCCACCUUUAAUUAAACUACUGCAGGAUGACUCUCUUGUUAUACAAGCAGCAGCAUGUGGUGCUUUAUGUAAUCUUGUACUCGACUUUUCUCCCAUGAAGAAAUGCGUAAUUGAAGCAGGAGCCAUUUCAAGAUUUGUGGAAUACUCCCAAUCCGAUGACACAAAUUUACAGCUAAAUGGUUUAUGGGCAUUAAAAAAUCAAUUAUUUAGAGCAGACCUACAAGCAAAGAAAGCAGUAAUGGAUGUAUUGACUUACGAUGCGCUCAUUGAAUUGUUACAUGAACCUAAUCCUACUAUCCAAGAACAAGCGCUUGAAAUCGUUCGUAAUUUAGUCUAUGGGAAACAGGAAGAUACUGAUUGGGUGAUUGAAGGUAUCGGAAAAGAUGAUUUAUUGGAUGUACUUGAGAGUAAAUUACAGGUUACUUCAGCAAUGGGUUUGGAAGAUGAAGUUUUACCCGUGACAUUGGUACCUGCACUUUACAUAGUAGUAAACAUGUCGAGUAACGCAGAAGCUCCCAAAAUGGCACUUAUGAGCAGGUCGAAUAUUGUCAAUAGUGUCAUUCAUCAUUUGGUAAGAUCCUGAAAAUCUUCACUUAGUUUUCUAACUAAAACAUUGGUGUAGUCUCACGAAGACUCCUCUGUUCGAGUCACUGCAGUCUGGUGUAUCAUUAACUGGACUUGGGCCAGCACUGAUGACAAUCAAGAAGAUUUGAUUACGCGUUGUCGUCGCUUACGGGAUUUAGGUAUUGAAGAAAGGCUUUUAGCCAUGAAGAAGGAUUCCAGUCGAGAUGUCUGUGAUAGGGCAACUACUGCCUUAGAACAGCUUAAUGAUGUACUUGCAGGACCUUCUCCAAAUUAAUAAUAAAAAUAGUAAAAUUUUAUUUUGAUA